AUGCCGUCCACGAAUUUCUAUGAGGUGCUUGGAGUCACGGUUGACGCUGAUGUGGCCACAAUCAACAGAGCAUUCAGAGAAUUGUCUCUCAAAAUGCUUCCUGAUAAAGCGAAUAUAUCGACGGUCCCGACCGGGCGGGCUGAAACCCCAGAUGAGCGAGAGGCCCGAGAAGCUAAAAACCAUGAGCGUUUCGUGAGAAUUGUUGAGGCUCGAGACGUUCUAACUGAUCCCACAAAACGGGAGCUUUACGACUUGAAGCACUCAAAAAACCGUGCAUCUAGCAAAGGCAACAGACCUAGUCCAAACACAUUCAGGCCCAGUUCAUCUGAAAAGCAACAGAAGAGCACUCCAACAAACAGAGAAAAAGAAAGCAAUAAGUCCAAGGAGUCCAACAAGCCCGUUGGUUCUGAAAAGCCAAGUGCGUCCAAGAGUUCCACUACUUCCAAUAAACCGCGUUCACACAGCAAGCCCGGUGAAUCUACCAAGGGUAAUUCCUCUAACCCCCCAAAAGCUAAGAAAUCCGAGGAAUCUAAAGAGCCUAGAAAAGAUUCCUAUUUAAGUGGCAAGCAACGACUUGACAUUGAGUUAUGUCACGACACUUACGCAAAUAAUCUUUGCAGCAUGAGAAUGGAGUUGAAUGAACUGCUUGCCUCUGUAACACCACGGUCAUCAGCAGCACGUGCAUAUCCUGAUUACCAGGCAGUAGUUGUUUCGUUUGAGAGGGUCCACGCUCUUACCGUAGACUGGCGAAAACACAUGGAUGAAUGCCAGAGAUUCGUACCUCAGCAAGCCUGA